AUGACAUACUUUUUUUGUUUGCUGAUUGAUGAGGCUCGAGAUGAAUCAACAAAAAAGAAGAUGUUUUUGGUUAUAAGGUUUGUCAACAAUUCUAAAAAAAUUCAGGAGAGGUUUUUGGAUAUGUUCCAUGUUGCUGGUACAUGUUCAGAAUCGUUCAUGGUUGUCAUUGUUUCCACUUUGAGCCAAAAUGAUCUUUUGCAAUUCCGUGUACGAGGACAAGGUUAUGAUGUAGCAUUUAAUAUGAGUGAAGACAUUAACGUGUUGAAGAAUAUCAUCCAAAGAGAAGUUCCUUCAACAUACUAUGUUCAUUAUUUUGCACACCAACUUCAACUUGAUUUGAUUGCUUCUUGUAAACGUGCGGAUCAGUUUCAAGAAGUACUAGCAGCCAAACUUUGUGAUACAAUAGUUGGCAAAAAAUUAGAACAGGUUGCGGAUUAUAUCAGGAGCAAUCACUCCAACGGCCAGAAGAAAAUGCUUGAUCUGAAUGAUUUAGCUGUCAAAGUUCUUGAAUUUAUUGUGGAAAAUGCAACUGUAAUAGAUUCGUCAAGACUCUUGAAAGCUAUAUGGAGCUUAGACUUUGUUCUAAUGUUACACACUAUAAAGAUGGUUUUAAGAAAGUGUAAAGUUCUUUCUAAAGCUUUACAACGUAAGGACCAAGACAUUGUCAACGCUAUGGAUCUUGUUGUUGUUAUAAAGUAUGAAUUGCAGGAAUUGACAUUGGAAGAAGGAUGGAAGACAAUUAAUGGAGAGAUUCAAUCUUUUUGUCUCAAAAAAACAUCGCUGCCCCUGAUAUGA